CUCUCACUUCUCCCUGCACCUAGAUAGGGUGUGUGAGAUAGAUAGGUGGUAGACACAACAAGCAGACCACACAGACUGAUGGAAGUAGCCUAUAAAUGGUCCUACAGCUCCCCAGCCAAAUUAUACUCAUCGGACAAAAAUAUUAAAGACAGAGCUACUGGUCAGCCCAAUGAGCCCAUAACCUGUCUUUAUAGACUCUUAUCUUGGCAUGGACAAAGGCAAGCUUUUCCUGUUGUCACCUUUUCUCGGAAUGAGCACUAAUGAGUGGAAAGGUGAGGCUACCCUACUGUACAGUGCAUGCAUAACGGCUGUAUAAUUGUUGCCCUCCCAACAAUAGAAUCCUAAUAUAAUGCAAUAAAAUCAUCCCAAAUAGGUGACACAUUCAGUCACAAAACAAUAUAAUAUAAAGCCUAUCGUUUACUUCGACAUUAGCUACAAUCACAGCUCGCAUCGUUCCGUAUCCCUCAACAAAUAACCGCUACUGUAAUCAGCAAGGGCCAUCAUCUUCCAAAUUGCUACAUUCAAAGGAAUAUAUUUGAAAGCCUACUUACAUGUAUAGUAGGCUACUUUUCAAAGUAACACCUCCUCAGAGAGAAUCGCAUCACGAGCAGGUUCCCUUUCCAAAUGGUCCGAAUCCCGGACCAACAGUGUCACUUGCAGCUAAACUCGCACGUCUGCGCUUUGGCUUUCAUCGAUUUGCUGACGUUUUAACGCACUAGUUUUUUCUUCUUCAAAGUCAAGAUAUAUAAUAGGUAUAAUUUUGUCUUUGUUGCGAAAGCAUGAGGGGGACCACUCAUUUCCCCAAUGUACAACGCUGUAAUACAGCCCUCUUCACUAACGAAGUCUCCUUGGAAACAGGGCACAGGACAAGCCUUGCGCUGAUGCUGAUUGCCAGAAUGAAAAAAAGCUUUAUUCACGGUAGUGUGUGUCCCUCUACGUGGGUGUCCCCUUGGUCCUCUCCUAUGGUUCACUCUCAGAAAUCAAAAGAGCAGAAAGUAGAGACUUGGCCUACAUUUGUAAAAUGGGGUGGGGGGCAUUUUGCAUAGGUGGGCUUUCAUAGGCUACCCAAAAAUCCUACACAUUUAAUAUAAUGUCCAGUGACAAUUAGAAAUGUGUUAUAUAUCACUGUUACAUUGUGUUGUUGCUUUGUUUAAUUUAUCACACUGACACUAUUGUCACCAGGCCUAUAAGCAGGUUAUGCUCCAUUCAGCUCACAAUAGAAGAUGAAACCUGGUCAUGAAUGGACAUAUCUUAGUUGUAAAGUCAGCCACUCAGCCUGCAAUAUCCUGUUACACAGCCCGACACUGGAUCCUAUGGUGAAAAAAGGGGCAGGGGGUAUUCUCUCUCUCCCUGCCUGGCUAUUAACUUACUACACAUGGAGGACCCUCCUUUGUGUCCCACCAUUACCAUUAGGGGAAGUUGAACAUUGUCGCUUGGAUUUGAGUAAAAUCAACCUUCCACAGUUCAAGGGCAAUCCCUGGCAACUGAUAUCAAAUAAAAUAAAAUAAAAUGUAUUGUUCACAUACACAUGGUUAGCAGAUGUUAUUGCGAGUGUAGUGAAAUGCUUGUGCUUCUAGUUCCGACAGUGCAGCAAUAUCUAGCAAGUAAUUUCUAACAGUUCCACAACAAAAACGUAAUACACACAAAUCUAAGUAAAGGAAUGGAAUAAGAAUAUAUAAAUAUAUGGAUGAGCAAUGUCAUUAUCAGAGUGGCAUAGGCUAAGAUGCAAUAGAUAGUAUAGAAUACAGUAUAUACAGUGGGGGGGAAAAGUAUUUAUUCAGCCACCAAUUGUGCAAGUUCUCCCACUUAAAAAGAUGAGAGAGGCCUGUAAUUUUCAUCAUAGGUACACGUCAACUAUGACAGACAAAAUUAGGAAGAAAAAUACAGAAAAUCACAUUGUAGGAUUUUUUAUGAAUUUAUUUGCAAAUUAUGGUGGAAAAUAACUAUUUGGUCAAUAACAAAAGUUUCUCAAUACUUUCAACUCCCUCCAAAGAUGUUUUAUGGGGUUGAGAUCUGGAGACUGGCUAGGCCACUCCAGGACCUUGAAAUGCUUCUUACGAAGCCACUCCUUCGUUGCCCGGGCGGUGUGUUUGGGAUCAUUGUCAUGCUGAAAGACCCAGACACGUUUCAUCUUCAAUGCCCUUGCUGUUGGAAGGAGGUUUUCACUCAAAAUCUCACGAUACAUGGCCCCAUUCAUUCUUUCCUUUACGCGGAUCAGUCGUCCUGGUCCCUUUGCAGAAAAACAGCCCCAAAGCAUGAUGUUUCCACCCCCAUGCUUCACAGUAGGUAUGGUGUUCUUUGGAUGCAACUCAGCAUUUUUUGUCCUCCAAACACGACGAGUUGAGUUUUUACCAAAAAGUUCUAUUUUGGUUUCAUCUGACCAUAUGACAUUCUCCCAAUCCUCUUCUGGAUCAUCCAAAUGCACUCUAGCAAACUUCAGACGGGCCUGGAUAUGUACUGGCUUAAGCAGGGGGACACGUCUGGCACUGCAGGAUUUGAGUCCCUGGCGGCGUAGUGUGUUACUGAUGGUAGGCUUUGUUACUUUGGUCCCAGCUCUCUGCAGGUCAUUCACUAGGUCCCCCCGUGUGGUUCUGGGAUUUUUGCUCACCGUUCUUGUGAUCAUUUUGACCCCACGGGGUGAGAUCUUGCAGUUGUCCUUGAUGAUCUUUUUGGCCUUCCUGUGACAUCAGGUGCUGUAGGUGUCCUGGAGGGCAGGUAGUUUGCCCCCGGUGAUGCGUUGUGCAGACCGCACCACCUUCUGGAGAGCCCUGCGUGUGUGGGCGGUGCAGUUGCCGUACCAGGCGGUGAUACAGCCCGACAGGAUGCUCUCAAUUGUGCAUCUGUAAACGUUUUUGAGGGUUUUAGGUGACAGACCAAAUUUCUAUAGCCUCCUGAGGUUGAAGAGACGCUGUUGCGCCUUCUUCACCACACUAUCUGUGUGGGUGGACCAUUUCAGUUUGUCAGUGAUAUGUACGCCGAGGAACUCAAAACUUUCCACCUUCUCCACUGCUGUCCUGUCAAUGUGGAUAGGGGUACUCCCUCUGCUGUUUCCUGAAGUCUACGAUCAUCUCCUUUGUUUUUUUGACGUUGAGAGAAGUCAUUUUCCUGACACCACACUCCGAGAGCCCUCACCUCCUCCCUGUAGGCUGUCUCAUCGUUGUUGGUAAUCAAGCCUACUACUGUUGUGUCGUCUGCAAACUUGAUGAUUGAGUUGGAGGCGUGCAUGGCUACGCAGUCAUGGGUGAACAGGGAGUACAGGAGGGGGCUGAGCACCCAGCCUUGUGAGGCCCAGUGUUGAGGAUCAGCGAAGUGGAGAUGUUGUUUCCUACCUUCACCACCUGGGGGCGACCCGUCAGGAAGUCCAGGACCCAAUUGCACAGGGUGGGGUUGAGACCCAGGGCCUCAAGCUUGAUGAUGAGCUUGGAGGGUACUAUGGUGUUGAAUGCUGAGCUAUAGUCAAUGAACAGCAUUCUUACAUAGGUAUUCCUCUUGUCCAGAUGGGAUAGGGCAGUGUGCAGGCGAUUGCAUCAUCUGUGGACCUAUUGGGGCGGUAUGCAAAUUGAAGUCGGUCUAGGAUGACAGGUAAGGUGGAGGUGAUAUGAUCCUUGACUAGUCUCUCAAAGCACUUCAUGAUGACAGAAGUGAGUGCUACGGGGCCAUAGUCAUUUAGUUCAGUUACCUUUCCAUUCUUGGAUACAGGAACAAUGGUGGCCAUCUUGAAGCAUGUGAGGACAGCAGACUGGGAUAGGGAGAGAUUGAAUAUGUCCGUAAACACACCAGCCAGCUGGUCUGCGCAUGCUCUGAGGACGCGGCUAGGAAUGCCGUCUGGGCCGGCAGUCUUGCGAGGGUUAACAUGUUUACAUUUCUUACUCACGUCGGCCACUAAGAAGGAGAGCCCACAGUCCUUGGUAGCUGGCCGCGUCGGUGGCACUGUGUUAUCUUCAUGGCGGGCAAAGAACUUGUUUAUCUUGUCUGGCAGCAAGACGUCGUGUCCGCGACGUGGCUGGUUUUCCUCUUGUAGUCCGUGAUUGUCUGUAAACCCUGCCACAUACGUCUCCUGUCUGAGCCGUUGAAUUGCGACUCCACUUUGUCUCGAUAUUGACGUUUUGCCUGUUUGAUUGCCUUGCGGAGGGAACGACCACUCUGUUUGUAUUCUGCCAUAUUCCCCGUCACCUUGCCGUUGUUAAAUGCGGUGGUUCUUGCUUUCAGUUUUUCGCGAAUGCUGCUUUCUGUCCACGGUUUCUGGUUACGGUAGAUUUUAAUAGUCACAGUGGUUAUGACAUCUCCUUUACACUUCCUUAUAAACCCAUAUCACCAUACGAUUGCCUUUGUUUCCCUCCAUCCAUGUUAACAAAACCCCUACUGCUUUCCUUUCACAUGGAUGGGACUCUCGUCAUGGAUACCAUACACUGCUAUGCCUAUGGCCUAUGCAAGUUUCUGGUUGGGUCUACAAGAAGUACUGCACUGUACACAUUUGCGCAAUAUCUCUGUCUCUCUAUUUCCCUCCCCUCUCAUUUAUGUUUCACCGUUCUCCACUCCACCCUAUGAUUUUAUCUCUACUAACUGUAAGUCGCUCUGGAUAAGAGCGUCUGCUAAAUGACUAAAAUGUAAAUGUAAAAUGUAUAGGCCUUUUACCCUUCUACCUCGCCUGAUUCUUUCUCUUUCAUUAUGUUGCCAAUUGUCUCUCUCAUUCCCUCCCUCCCUCUCUGUCUCUCUACCUGGUUGUCAUUUACAGUAACACACCACACUUGACGUAAUUCUCCAACAACAUAGUCCAGACGAAGCUGAUGGGAUUGGCACUUCAACCUUUUCAGCUCUUUGAGGUGAUUCGGGCAUAUACAGUUACAGUGACCAAUGUUAUCAUAUGAAUGUGGUCUUGACUUGCAUAAUCUUCACAUUCUCAUUCUCUACAAUUGAUCCUCUAGCUAGCCUACUGUUUGAUGGGGGUACAUACGCUAUGGCUUGUGCAGACACAGCAAAAGUACAGACACAGCAGGCAUUAAAGGAUUAGGAUUCAUUAGCAGUUUAGGAAAGGAAAAUAGCAUAUUAUUACCACCACAAGGCUUUGGGGUAAGAGCCUGCCCCGUAGGCUCAGCUAGUCCAUCGUCAUAGUAGCAAAUGACUGUAACUAAUUAAUUACUUAGACCACCUGUUCAGAGCAUUGGCCUACUAGGCUACUGUAUCUCUCUCUCUCUCAUUGUCUUGAGAAUCACUAUUUUUAACAAUGCAAACAAUGCUGUUCUGUUUGAGAAAAAAAAAUCAACUUAAAAAUCAACAAUAUUAUAUACAUAUAUAUAUAAAUAUAUAUAUAUAUAUAUAUAUAUAUAUAUAUAUAUAUAUAUAUAUAUAUAUAUAUACUGUAUGUUGUCUUUAAUAAAAUUAAAAGCUCUAAGAGUUGAAAAUGGUUAAAGGCCCAGUGCAGUCAAAAUCAAGAUUUUUCUGUGUUUUAUUUCAUAUUACAAUAUCUGAUGAAACUAACACUGUAAAAGUAUGAAAACAAAUUAUCAGUCUUAUUUCCUGAUAGUUGCUGGUUGAAAAUACUAUCUACAAAGGACCUUCUAAUCAGCAGGUUUGCAUGGGCGGGAGUUUUGGCUUUCCAUGGUGACAUCACCAUGAGGUAAAUUGGUUAAUGGACUAAUAACAAAGAGAGUUCCAAACCUCUCUGCCAAUAACAGAUAGUUUUCAGUUUGAGUUUUUUGCUUAAAAUCUAUUUGACCAUUUUAAUGGAAAGCUAUUACAGUAAGGUAGCCUACUUAAUUGUUCCCCAGAAAUUAUUUGAUAUUGUUAUAAAAACAUCUGCAUUGGGCCUUUAAGUGUUUGGCUGUGUUUGUUUGGCUACUUAUUAUAGGCACAUCACUACUUUGGAGCAGGCCAUCGACGACUCCUCUCCAUCACACUGUUCUGUGUGAUGUUGUCAUAUACACUACAUGACCAAAAGUAUGUGGACACCUGCUUGUCGAACAUCUCAUUCCAAAAUCAUGGGCAUUAAUAUGGAGUUGGUCACCCCUUUGCUGCUAUAACAGCCUCCACUCUUCUGCGAAGGCUUUCCACUAGAUAUUGGAACAUUGCUGCGGGGACUUGCUUCCAUUCAGUCACAAGAGCAUUAGUGAGGUUGGACACUGAUUAGUGAGGUCGCAGUCAGCGUUCCAAUUAAUUCCAAAGGUGUUCGAUGGGGUUGAGGUGAGGGCUCUGUGCAGGCCAGUCAAGUUCUUCCACACCGAUCUCGACAAACCAUUUCUGUAUGGACCUCGCUUUGUGCACGGAGGCAUUGUCAUGCUGAAACAGGAAAGGGCCUUCCCCAAACUGUUGGCACAAAGUUGGAAGCACAGAAUUGUCUAGAAUGUCAUUGUAUGCUGUAGCGUUAAGAUUUCCCAUCACUGGAACUAAGGGGCCUAGCCCGAACCAUGAAAAACAGCCCCAGACCAUUAUUCCUCCAGCACCAAACUUUACAGUUGGCACUAUGCACUGGGGCAGGUAGCGUUCUCCUGGCAUCCGCCAAACCCAGAUUCGUCUCUCAGACUGCCAGAUGGUGAAGCGUGAUUCAUCACUCCAGAGAACGCGUUUCCACUGCUCCAGAGUCCAAUGGCGGCGAGCAUUACACCAGUCCAGCUGACGCUUGGCAUUGCGCAUGGUGAUCUUAGGCUUGUGUGCAGCUGCUCGGCUGAAGCUUCCUUCGAACAGUUCUUGUGCUGAACAGUUCUUGUGCUGACGUUGCUGCCAAUGGCAGUUUGGAACUCGGCAGUGAGUGUUGCAACCGAGGACAGAUGAUUUUUACGCACUAUGCGCUUCAGCACUCGGCAGUCCUGUUCUGUGAGCUUGUGUGGCCUACCACUUCGCAGGUGUUGCUCCUAGACAUUUCCACUUCACAAUAACAGCACUUUCAGUUGACGGGGCAGCUCUAGCAGGGCAGAAAUUUGACGAAAUUGACUUGUUGGAAAGGCGGCAUCCUAUGAAGUCAUCUUUGAUCCAGAUGACUUCAAACUAGCCUAUAUUUUGUAUAUAUAGUGUAAAAGCUCCAUAAAUAUAAAACACUUGAAAGGUUAUGACACAGAGUUUCUAAACCCAGAGGCGCAACAACGCGAGACUCCCGGGAAUGCUUACGAAACAGACCAAACCGACCAGGCCUGUGUUUGGGUUUGAUAAGUCAAUGAGAGAAUUGAAAGAUUCUUCAUUAGUUGUGAAUUUUCUCAAAAUCUAAAGGCACAACUUAGAUUUGACACAAUGUCUUAAGUAGUUUAACAUGUUAUUACUCCAACGUCUUGAAAGUGACAAAACUAAAACGUUUCAUUUUCGUAAAAAUCUACUUUAUAUCGAAGGCGUGCCUUUGAUUUGACGGCCUGCACAUGCGCGGUUCGGCGCGAGACGACCGUUAGACCUGAUGACGUGUUUCUGCGGCUGAGUUUAGCUAGCCAACGUCGCCAUGACAUCGCCUACAAGUGUGAUCGGGGAUUUCUAUUUGAGAAGCAGUUCUUCAUACUGUACUGUACUGUUUUACGCAAACCCAUGUCAUGUGACAAUAGCCCUGAAACUACUUUUGCCUGAAAUGCUCCAAUUGUUGAUUGACAGGUCUUUGAACGAAUCAGAAAACGCAAAUAGACCAGUCUGACCAAUCAGAACGAAGAAAGGGCAGAACUUAGCUCUUGAAGUCCAUACUUCGGUCAUAGAUGGUAUCGAAUGGACGUGGAAAGUUUCAUGUUGGUAACAUAUGGUUGAAACCUUUAUUAGAAUAUGAAUGGAACAACAUACUCAAACUUUGAUAAUCAAGAACAUGUUUUGAAAUUAGGCGAAACAUUUGAGAAACAACCCAAAGGCGCUUACCACACGGUGCGAUGUAAGUGGCAUUUUGAUCAUACUUGCUAGCUAGCUUGCUAUGCUAAUAAUAGCUAGCUAACGCUAAGCCCCCAAAAUAUACGAUUUAAAUUAAAUAACUAGCUAGUUCGUCUAAAUCGAUGUCACUUUAUUAACAGUGAUCCAUUUAGAGUCCUUAGUUUAAACCGUACUAUUACAUGUUUGUACUUUUGAUUGGGCUUUUGGCUAGCCACACUUGUUUCUGGCAUCCAUUGAUCCAUUUGAGUAGCUACAACAAUAGUGGUGGCCUUGUGGCACCAUCUGUUGAUGAACAGUGGUAACUUCAACUUCAUUUUUAUCAGAAUUAACCAAACCAAUGAUGUUUUCGUGCGUAGUCUUCAGUCUGCCCAUAUACGUUGCUGUGUAAUUCAGUAGUUUGGAGCUCAUACUGUUAUUUUAUCUCUUUGAUCCAGAUGACUUCAAACCAGCCUCCAUUGACACAGCCUGUGAGGGGGAGCUGGAGGUGGGAAAGGGAGAACAAGUUACUAUCACACUGCCCAAUCUGGAGGUAAGAAUUAAGCCUUAAAAAGUGCACAUUAAUUAUUCUCCCCCUUUAAUCUCGAUAUCCAUUGAUCAACUGAUUUCCUUGAUUUACCCUUUUACCCAGGGAUCCACUGCCCCUGUAACAGUCUUCAAAGGAUCCAAGAGGCCUUAUAUGAAGGAAUGUAUUCUCAUCGUAAACCACGAUACAGGAGAGUACCGUCUGGAGAAACUCAACAGCAACAUUGCUGUCAAGAAGACCAGGUGGGUGGACAGAGUACGGUCGAAUCGUGUUUAUUUGGGUACACUGUAGCAAAACAUUUUUGCAAUGGAAAAAAUAAUUAGCAUUUCUUAUUGGACACUAACUCCCCAUUUCGAACUGCUUCCUUCUCUUUCUAGAUUCUCUUGUCAUUCUGAUUUGCAAUCUCAGUUGUGUGUGUGUGUUGUCAGGGCUGAAGGAAGCAGUAAGAUCCAGUCUCGUAUAGAGCAGCAGACCAGUCGUUUGAGCCAGCAGAUGAAGACUAGUGGUAAUGGCAGCAGCAGCAAGACCCCAGCAGGCUCCAAGAGCUCUCCUCCCAAAGAGAAGAUGUCCCCUGCCUCCCCCAUGGAUGAUAUUGAGCGAGGUAUGUAGACCACCAGUAGAGCAUCAUGGAUAAAAGCUUUCCUUCUUUCAAACCAUCUACACAAAAACAAAAAUAUAAACGCAACAGGUAAAGUGUUGGUUCCAUGAGCUGAGAGUAUUUUCCAUACGCACAAAAAUCGUAUUGCUUUCAAAUUUUGUGCACAAAUUUGUUUACAUCCCUGUUAGUGAGAAUUUCACUAAUCCAUCCACCUGACAGGUGUGGCAUAUCAAGAAGCUGAUUAAACAGCAUGAUCAUUACACAGGUGCACCUUGUGCUGGGGACAAUAAAAGUCCACUCUAAAAUGUGCAGUUUUGUCACACAACGCCACAGAUGUCUCAAGUUUUUAGGGAGUGUGCAAUUGGCAUGCUGACGUCUGGAAUGGACGUCUGGAAUGUCCACCAGAGCUGUUGCCAGAGAAUUGAAUGUUUGUCUCUACCAAUGUCGUUUUAGAGAAUUUAGCAGUACAUCCAACCGGCCUCACAACCGCCGACUACAUUUAUGGUGUUGUGUGGGUUAGUGGUUUGCUGAUGUCAACGUUGUGAACAGUCCCUUAUGGUGGCGGUAGGGUUAUGGUAUGGGCAGGCAUAAGCUACGGACAAUGAACACAAUGUUAUCGAUACCGCGAUGAGAUCCUUUUUUUUUUUUUUUUUUUUUUUUUUUGGUUAUCUGUGACCAACAGAUGCAUAUCUGUAUUCCCAGUCGUGUGAAAUCCAUAGAUUAGGGCCUAAUUUAUUUAUUUCAAUUGACUGAUUUCCUGAUAUGAACUGUAACUCAGUAAAAUCUUUGAAAUUGUUGCAUUUUAUAUUUUUGUUCAGUAUAGAUUCUAGUCCAUGGUCAUAUAAAUGAAACAAUUGCUAUGUUUGUAAAUCCUCUUGUGUUGUGAUUCAAGAUCAGAGGUGACAUCACUGUUUUUCUGUGUGUCCGCGUGUCUGUUCCUGUAUGAGUGUGUCUGUAUGUGUGUGUCCGUCGUUGUCUCUUUGUGUGUGUGUGUCCGUUGUUGUGUAUCUCUGUGUGUGUCUGUGUGCUACAGAGCUAAUGGCGGAGGCGCGGGUCAUGGACCAGAUGAGUAGUGGGGACUCGUCCUCAGACUCCCACAGCUCCUCAUCCUCCAGUAGUGGGGACAGUUCCAGCAGUAGUGACUCUGAGGACGAGUCCCGGCGCCCCCCUCCCCCUGGGGGUCCCCCCACAGGGCCACCACCCCACCAGGGCAUGCCUAUCCUCACCACCGUCACCACCACCACCACCUCCUCCCAACCAUCACCAACUCGCAGUGGAGGACACCUAUUGAGCACACUAAGUAAGUUCAUCCUUCUCUCUUUCGUUCUCUCUCUCUCUCUUACUCUGUGUGUCCGUCUCUCCUCGCCUUUAAAAUUUGAAUAAUUCGCUUAAUUUCAGUUUGUGACAAAACAAUAAUCAUUAUACCAUCUAAACCACUCUGAAAUAUCAUUUCAAUAACCAAAAAUAUUGGAUUUUCAGCUGUUUGAAGCUGGUGUACAAAACAGAGUAAAAGACACAAAGACUAAACUUAAGAACAGGAAGCAUAACAUCUUAGACUUGCUUUCAAUUAGAAUUUGGUCGGUCGCCCAAAAAGUUACAUAUCGCAGCUUUAAAUACUUGAAUGUAAAAUAGAACCAUUCUAUAUUUGUAUUGCCAUAUCAGAAAUUCUAUUUGCAUUACUGUGGAUGUAGGCUAGGGUUGGGCGAUGUCUGGAAUGACACAUCGUCCCAUCGACCUGUCCAAACAUUGUUGAUAUUCGAUUGUAUCGUCAAUUCUUUUUAAAACCCGGGGCUGGGGGGGAGUGUGUUGUUGUGUUGCCUAGCAAUGCAGUAAACGAUCUGUAAUGGAGUCUCUGUGUCAUGCACAAAUCACCCGAUUAGAGUGUUAUCAUUAGACUACAAUGUGGAAAUCAUCUUACCAAUAUUAUAUUUUCUUGUGUGCAAAUAAAUUUAAUAAAUACAAACCAAUCAUAUGUUGAUAUGUGGUACUGAUAACUUUGAAUGGUGAUUUGGAACCAAACAUUGUAGGCUUACAGUGUGAUACGAGACCCUUUCAAUGGUGAUUUCGGACAAUUUCGACUGAGAUCAAGUGCGCAUGUUCACCAUAGAAGACAUCAAUGGGCAGUCUUCUUGGGAGAGCUAAGUAAACAGCCACACUACCUACUCAAAGAUGUAAUCAGAGGAGAUGAUGACCCACUGGUUUGGUGGAGAGGGAAUGAUGGUCGCUUUCCGCUCUUGCCAACUUUGCCUGCAAAUACCUCUGCAUCUGUGCAAAAAGCAUUCCGUUUGAAUGUGUUUUCAGUAGGCCAACAGCAGGCAAUAUUGUUACUCCACUCUGCUGUCUAUUAAAGCUAGAAAAGGUCAACAUGCUUGUGUUCCUUGACAGAACUUUAGGUCAGCUAAUAUAUAAUGACAAAACUAGUCAGAAUGGUUCUUCGUUGCACUUUUAAUUUUAAUUUUCAAAGCCUGUAUUCAUAGAUGCAUCUUAUUCGAAAUAAAUGUAGCCUAGGCCAAAAUAUUUUGUUGUGUGCCUUAAAAUACUUAUUUGCAGUGUAAUGUUUUGGGUUAAUUUCAUACUUAUUUUGUUUAUUUAUUUUGUAAUUUGUAGCCUACCCAAAGGUGGGUUAUUAUUUUUUAUAGGCGACAUUUCUUUUUUGUUCCCGCUUAUCGAAAGAGCUGCUUUUGGAGCCAGUUGCGCAAAAGGACAUGAAUAAACACUUCCACAGAAAUAUUCAUUUAUAAGUUUAACUUGUACAAGUAACGUUUACUCUAUUGACUGUAGCCUAGUGUAGGUCUAUAAUAUUGGCUGUUUGGUUUACAAGGAUUUUCCAGCUGCACACAAUUCGUUUUUCCUAAAGCUUUGGUCAGGUGGAGGCCAGAAACGUACAAGAUUUGUUAAACUUCCCAUUCGAUUAUUCUAUCUGGCAAUUGUUGGUACUCUCUUUCUCAUUAUUACCAUAUCAUGUUUUUAUUUAGGCUAUUCACAAACAACAUAAAACUUUCUGAGAUAGAACUCUGUUAUUGGACUCCUAGAUUCAUUUGAAAGUUGGUCAUGACAUUUUGCACAACUUAUUUUUAAUGUAAGGCCUAUACAGAACUCAAACAGGCUAGAAGUGUGUAUUUCCAGUAUUGUAACAUGGUGUGGGGGUGUUGAUGUUUAAUGCACCACUUGAACGCAAUGGUUUUAUAACUUUCCUACUUCCACCUUUUUACAGAGAAUGACCUGCAAUUAAGUGAGUCUGGCAGUGAAAGUGACGAUGACUGACCAGUGAGUGACCACUAUAAUGCUGUGGGUGUAUUAGAGAGGUCAGUCUGUGGACCGCUGCACUGACCUCCACAUGGAUGGGUGUCCUUUAGGGUCACAACAGGAGUGGAAUGAGAAGAGGGAAUAUGGAUGUGAUCUUCUUAAUGCCAAACAAGACUGCACCCCUACACCUCCGGAAGCAACACCCCUCAGCACCCCACCAGCAUUUCAGUUUAAUGUCUUAAUAGUUCUAUCUGUUAGUGCCUUUUUGACAGACAUGGGCCAAUAUUGUGAUCAAUUCUCUUAUCUACACAUUUUAACUGGAUUAUUUUCACUGUUCAUUUUAGUAUUUACUAGUUACUACUAGUUGGCCAAAGUGAACUGGGAACCAUACUGCUGAUUCGAACAGACGAGGUACUGCUGUUAUCAAGGAUGAGCCACAUUAAUAUCAGUAUGGAUAUUCCCCUGCAUUCGCUCAUUUGGAAAGACUUCAAGCAUCAUAGCGUCAGUGUUUCAUGAGUUGUAGUACUUAGCCUUUCUGCUGUGACUGCUGUGAAAUAAUUACUCUUAAAGUAUAGGGGAUAGGUUGAAGCAGUCUUAUCAUUUAUUUUAUUAGGAAUUAUCUUUAAUGUUACUUUUUUGGUUUAAUAUAUGGCCUAGCAACAUAUCAAGGUAGGGGGUAUUUGAGGAAACUAGUGCACUACUUGAAAUUGAUUGAUUUAGCCUAGUGUGGGGUAAAUGCAACUUAAAGAUUUUGCUCAGUGCUGCUAUGUAAUGUAUUUGAAAGAUGACUUGGCUUUGUAGCUUUAAACCUUCAAUACUUGAAUCUGACUUAUGAUUAUUUAUAUUUUACAUAUUUACUCAGAAAGACCAACAGCUUAAUAUAUUCUAUGGGCAUCAGAGCAAUGGGAGUGUACGUACACUCCUAUAGCCUGAUGCCAGUGAGUCUUACAGCACUGCCUUUCCAUUUACUACUAUCUCUUCUGUUGUUACAGGGGCGUGUCUCAAAAGGGUUUCCUUGAUUCCUUACUGAUUUGAUUCAUCAACUCGUUCUCAAAAUGCAUUGGAGAAGGCUUGAGGAGAGGAAGCUUGGAUCUUCUCCAUUGCGUUUUAAGAAAGAGGCGAUUCAUCAAGGAAUUCAUGAGACGCGUGAGGAAUCCAGGAAAGACUUCUGAGAAAGAGCCCAGGUCAUAUCUCAUAUCCUGCUAUUGCACCAUCUCUGUAAACAGGAAAUUUGUGUUUGUUAGAACAUGUGGUGCGUCGCAAUAAUCUCUCCUUUCUCCCGAAGUGUGCACUUGUUCACGUCCCUUCAUGGAUUUGAAAGGAAAUCACUGGCAUAUGGAAACUCCUCCUAGCCCAUGUCU